AUGGAUUCGGAGCCAUUUGCAUUUGACGGUGAAGGCAGCCGCGCUCGCCAGAGUGAGUACGUGGAUAUGACUCUCGUGCAUCUCGGCAUGAAGUUGCGUGACAUGGGCAUUGCAUUUGAGGAUAUGGAGCUUGCGACGGUGCCAACGCAGUUUGCAGAGCAACUGCUGAGUUACAUCGAGGCAUUCGAGGAGCGGGAGUCUGCAAUCCGAGCUGCAACGACGGAGCACCGCGCCCAACUGGAGCAGGAACAAAAGCGACUGGAGUCGCUGCAGGAGGCCACAGAAAAAGCGAGAGGUGAGGUGGCGAUAUUGUCCGAGCGAAUCAGCUCCGCGCUCAGUGCAUUUCGCGGGGAAGAAAAGUUAGAGGCGCAGCACCGGCGGGAGCGACAACGGGACGUGCAGGAUAUCGUGCGACAGAUUGAAAAGAAGGAGCUUGAGCUAAGGAGAGAGACAAUGGAACGGGACCGUUUAUCUAAAAUGCUGAAGAAAGUCAAAAAGUAG